ACCGACGCGCUAGUACAUUUCCCCACUUUUGACAAAUCGCUCAAUAAAAACAAAUCAACUUUUUUAACAGAAGCAAGAUUAUUUCAAACUAAAACCUCACAGCGCUGGGCAAAUAAAAUUCACAAGUCUCAUAACAAAAUUAUCAUCAAUUCUUAGUUAUUCUCAGCCCAGAACCCAGAAACAUCCCUCAAAAUGACACGCGGCAACCAACGCGACCUGGCCCGCCAGAAGAACCAGAAGAAGCAGGCGGAUGCCACCAAGGGAAAGCGAACCGAUAACCUCACCGUGGAGCAGAGGAAGGCCAGGGACGCUGAGGUAAUGCGCGAGAAGCAGAAAAAGAAGGAGGACGCCGCUGCCGCCGCCGGCACAAGCAAAUAGUUGACCCACUGGCCUUGCAGAGAUCCGGACUCCGGAUGCAAAGCCAGACAGGUUAGGCACAUAGUCAGUCGUUCGUCAGCCAAGACCCCGAUUCGCCCCAGGAUUUAGGAUAGUCGACCACGUGGUUAAAUUGUACAAGAAGCAACCAAACACAAAAAACGAUAAUUGUCAACAUUUCAACGCUCUGCAACUACGCAUAGAUAUUACCGGGCUGUACAGCACGCGACAUAGCAAUAGCAACACAUAGGUGCCACCCAAGGACUUCUAUUCGGUUCCGGUUUUCGUUCUCUUUCAUUUUGCGAUGCUGCCUGCUGUACGUUAAUUAAGUACUGUAACUUCUUAUUUCUCCACCUACCUGACUAAAUUAUUUACUGUAAUGUAUAUAUAUAAAUUUUCAAAUAAAACAUAAUAUGCAGCCGCCAGAAA